AUGCCAGCUGCAUUUUCCGAAAUUAUUGACGAUAUCGAAGAUUUAAUAUCAUCUCAAGAUAUAACACCUAAAGAAAGAUAUGCAAGUAGAAAAAAUGUUAGUGUACGGUCGAAACGGCGUGAAAAUAAAACAGCAGAGCCUGCUGAAAAAAUCAUUUUGGAGAGUGUAGUACCAGGAACACAAACUAUAUAUGUAAAGACAUGGGGGUGUGCUCACAACAAUUCUGAUUCAGAAUACAUGGCAGGUUUAUUAGCAACUCAUGGCUACAAUCUCACAGAAGAUAAAUGGCAGGCGCAACUUUGGUUACUGAACUCUUGUACUGUUAAGAGUCCAUCAGAGGAUCAUUUCAAAAAUGAGAUAGAACUGGGUCAAAAUCGUGGUAUCCAUGUUGUGGUUGCUGGGUGUGUGCCUCAGGGAGCUCCCCGGGCCAACUACCUCACCGGCCUCAGUGUUGUGGGUGUACAGCAAAUUGAUAGAAUUGUUGAGAUUGUGGAGGAAACAUUAAAAGGUCACACGGUCCGUCUAUUUGGCACUAAGAAAACUAGCAAUGGCCGGAAAGCAGGUGGUGCAUCACUAUUAUUGCCUAAAGUGCGGAAGAACCCUCUCAUAGAAAUAAUAUCUAUAAACACAGGAUGUCUUAAUCAGUGCACAUAUUGUAAGACCAAACAUGCAAGAGGAGAACUGGGCAGUUACCCACCGGAAGAAAUUGUGGAACGGGCAAGACAGUCAUUUAAGGAGGGAGUGGUUGAGAUAUGGUUGACAAGUGAAGAUACCGGCACAUAUGGCCGUGACAUUGGCACUUCUCUGCCCGAGUUACUCUGGCAGUUGGUUGAAGUGAUUCCUGAGGGUUGCCGUCUGAGGCUAGGAAUGACGAACCCACCUUAUAUACUUGAACAUUUGGAAGAGGUCGCUCGAAUCAUGCAUCAUCCGCGAGUUUACAAGUUCCUCCAUGUGCCCGUACAAUCGGGCAGCGAUCAGGUACUGGUGGAUAUGAAACGGGAGUACACGAGAGCAGACUUCCAAAGAGUUGUUGAUUUCUUAAGAGAAAAGGUUCCUGGAAUGACAAUAGCGACUGAUAUAAUUUGCGGAUUUCCAACGGAAACGGAAAAAGACUUCGAAGACACGAUGUCUCUGUGUCGUCAGUACAAGUUCCCGUCGCUCUUCAUCAACCAGUUCUUUCCACGAGCUGGAACGCCCGCCGCCAAUAUGCGAAAGGUCCCAGGCCAAGAAGUCAAGAAACGUACGAAAGCUCUCUCGGAAUUCUUCCGAUCGUACGAGCCGUACGGCCACAAAGUUGGAGAGACCCAACAGGUCUUAGUGACGGAUGUGUCCCACGAUAAAAAUUAUUUCGUGGCCCACAACGAAUUCUAUGAACAGGUUCUGGUACCCAAAGAGCAGAGAUAUAUGGGCAAAAUGCUGAAUGUCAAAAUUGUCAGUGCCACCAAAUUCUCCAUGAUGGGAGAACCGAUUGAUAAACCGACGAUGCCAGGUCUCGUGAAGCCAAUGAAGAAAGGUCAGGUCUCAGGUCUUCGGGAGAGACCUAACAAGAUACCAAUACCGCUUCUGGUGAUAAUUGCCGCGGUUUUGUUACGAUUGUUGUGGAUAUUCUUAUAG